AUGGCUGAACUUGAGGAUGAACAGAAUUUCACCCCAAUAGACUCUCCCCUCUCUCUAGAGUCCCUAGCUCAGCUUGUCGGUAACAUGAACGAGGCCUUUAACGCCCAGAUGGAAACUAUUUCCCGUAAAUUCAGUGAACUAGAUACCCGCAUGGACGAACUCUGUGCCCGCAUAGAUGAUAAUGACUCGGACGUUCGUGUUAAAUUCGAUCAGUUUCAAUCCUCUUUCAAUAAAGACCUCAUUACCAUCCAGAACGAUAUCUCUACAGGGCAACAACGGUCCCAGGAGUCCCAUAAAAGCAUUACCACUACCCAACGAUCAUUCACUGACACCAUCAAAGCACUAAGCGACCGCGUAAGCCUCACAGAGGGACAAAGUGCCCGACUAGCUGCUCUAGAAAAUAAAUUUCAGUACUCCAUUACCAAUUCACUACCCCCCACAGUUUCUACCAAUUCACAGCCCGUACGUCAUAAUUCAUUUAGUAAUUGUUUAACUUCUACUACCUAUGCUAAUCCGUGUCAAACUCAAGCUACUGCCCCACUUAAUAUUUCCAGUUUUUCUGUCCCCAAAUAUAAUAGCUCACUCCCCAGUCGCAUCACCUCUGUUCAAGAAAACGUAACCUUAUCCAAUACUUCUGGCAUAAUACUCGAUUAUACAAAGCUCACCCAAUAUGAUGGCAAAUUAACACCGGUACACCCAGAGGAGUUCCUUGAACAGGCCGAACAAUAUUUUUUAACCCACACUCCCCUACCUGACCAAGUAAAGAUUAAUUAUAUUAAAGAACGUUUUAUUGGAGAUGCUCGUUUAUGGUAUAACACCUUAUUACCCUCUCCCUCAAUAUAUCAGGAUUUCUUGUCACUAUUCAGGGGCCAUUUUUGGUCUAAUAACCAGCAACGGGCAAUUCGCAAUGAACUAUACAGACCCUAUUUUCACCGAGACAAUUCUUCCCUUCAAAAACAUGCCAUGGACUGGAUCAACCGUGCCCGCUUCCUAAGACCCCCAAUAGACCAACCAGAGAUGGUUGACCAACUUAUUUCUCAUUUCUCUUUCAAUAUAUCCGUAGCUCUCCGCGGUCUCAGAAUCACUACCACCAAUGAACUAAUACAGCAACUCUCUCACCUCCAACAAUCUCACUCCUCUUCAACUCAAACCAAUAAUCAAUCAAACCCUCUCUCUCAAAAUCAAAAUCAACAUUCAUAUAACCAUUCUUCAGGCCACAAUCAUCAAAACAGAAACCACUCUCAAAAUCAAAAUCAGAACUCAAAUUUUAACAGUAAUCAAAACCGAUAUACCCCCCGUAAUGAUAAUUAUCCCCGCCCUCAGUACAAUCAAACUAAUCCGACACAGUCCGCCCCUGAACCCAGUACCUCUACCCCGGGAAACUAG